UUGGAAAAGAACUCGGCAGACGGCAAAUCUUUGAGCGCGGUUUUUUUUUUUUUUACUGAUUUAAAAACUGCGUGAUCGUGGCUAUGACGCCAUAUCACAUUUCUCAUCAACGUCAGUAGCGUUCGUGCUCUGAAAGAAAUCUGUCAAAAUUGACCAAUCAGAGGUUAGCAUUCGUUAAGUUUGCCAACAGAGUUGCCCACAGAGUCGCCCACAGGAGUCCACAGGCGUUCGUUCACUUCUCGAACCAAGCCCCUCUCUCCUUUUUUCGCUCCGCCGUUUACUCGCGCUGCGCCUCGACUAAGUCAAGUAACUGGAAGAGGAUAGACACAAACAGCAGUGAUAAACAUAAUACACCAACACAUAUUUAGACUUAACUUGACGUUUCAUGUACUACAACUUAACAUACAUUCCCCAGCAUACAAAACGUCAGGUUUAGUAUAAAAGUGCGUUGGUGUGCAAUGUUUAUCAACGCUCUUUGUGCUAUGUCCUAACUUUAUUCCAGUCCUCUCGACCGAGGAGGGUUUGAGAGAGGACAUCGAUGCUUGACCGUUUUGGGAGGUGAUCUACCCGAGUCACUCUUAUUAGCGAGAAAAGGUGGAGACCCAUGAUUUAAUCGACACAGGAGCUCCUGAUUCAACGCUGGUUUCCUUCCCGAUAACAGCUAUUGGUUGAUUUCUUACUAAAACAGGUCGAAUAGAGCAACGACUUUUAUUUGUUGGAAAGGGUACCGAGGCCCUCACAGCUUAGAGGGACGGGCGGCCCUGGAGACCAGAAUGGUCUCACAUGCAUGAACCAACAUGGCCGCCAGGUCUGCGUGGAAAAUUUUACAGCGUAGCGUACGAUCAACCGAUGAGACUACUACUCACUUUAGACAGUGCAUUUUUCAAAGGUUAAGGUGCUGUUCUUCGAAUCCAGGAUCACAGGGAAAAAUUCCAGAGACUGAAAGCGAGGAGUCCAGAGAGAGACCUCGUACAUACUCUCGACUAGUACGUUCGGGCAUUCGUAACUUCUGUAAGACGUCUGGCAAACCAAAUGAAAUACCAGAGCUAUUUAAUCAAUUUCUUCGCCUUCCUGAACAGUACAAGAUAGCGUCUGUAGACAGUGCGUUAUACUGGUUGUCAUAUUAUGACAGGAAUGAGGCAGCGUUUGCGCUGAAAAAUCUCAUGGAAGAACAUGGUAUUCCUAAGAGCUACUCAACAUAUUCUGUUCUGGCCAAAUUGUACUCCAGGUCGAAUCACAUGGCAAAUUAUAAAACCAUGUUCGAUGAGAUGAUUAAGGACGGUUUAACUCCUACAGCUCGCCACUAUGUACCUUUUGUGGAAGCAUUUACCCAGAGAGGCGAUCUCAUGGGAGCGUUCUCGUGUCUGGAAGAAAUGCAGCGGUCUGGGGUUGUUCGUGAGAGAAACAUUGAUGUACAUACCGCGCUAGUUCGAGCUUGCACAGGCCAAGAUAGUCAGCAGUUACAAGACAAAGUGUUGGAGAUUUUUCGUGAAUUUCGAGCUUAUCGGGACCCAUUAACUAACGACACUCUGGAAGCAAUUAAGACGUGGUUUGACAGUCAAAGGAGUCCCAGAUGGAUGACUUCAUGGUCCACUCCUUCAGAAAUAUUUCACUGCCAAGCCUGUGAACAGAAACUAGAGACUGGUGAAUAUUCUGAAGAAGAACUGCAAGAGCUAAAAUACCCUCUUGUGUCACAUCUGUGGGAACAUCGCAAAGAACCAUCGCAAGUGCGGGUUUUCACAAAUAGUGGAAAUUAUGUGGAUAACAUAAUUUCAGGGUAUCAUAAAUUUCCUGAAAGCAUAGUUCAGUUUAUUAGGACAUCAGGACGAUAUGAUGUUGUUUUGGAUUCUCUCAACAUUGGAUUUUUUGGUGGUUAUAAAUUUGAUCCUGAAAAGGUGAAAAAGGUGGCUCAUUAUUUUCUGAAACAAAACAAGAAAGUCUUGGCUGUGGGCUCUGGGCCCUUUAAAUUUCCUAAAAGAUAUAGACCAGGUGCACAAACAAGAUUUGGUAAAGCUCUAGACUUUCUCAUGGAACACUGUGGUGUGUUUUUACUGUACCAAAGUUCCUAUGAUGAUGUGUACUUCCUCAGUGCUGCCAUGCAUUGUGGACCUGGUACCAUCCUAGUGUCGUCAGACAUGUUUGCUGACCACAUCCAUAGCAUGGAUUUAGUUAUGAGAGCCCAGUUUAAGCGAUGGCAACAGCACUACCAGUGGAAGAUGGAAGGAUUUGAUCAGGACAAGCCAAUAUUUGCAAAUGUGAAAAAUUUUGACACUCCUGCUCACGUUCAAACUACAGGAGACACAUGGCACUUUCCAUCCAGUGACGGCUUAAGGUGGCUCUGUGCCAGAAAGGCAGGAAUAGUCAAGAAUCCAAAAGAACUGGUGCAUUUUUAAUUUGAUGGAGGUGCAAGCUACUUGUGUGUUUCUACAAGGAGGCUGCAAAAUAUUGUCAAUAAGUAAUUAACCUUUUGCAAUUAAAAACACCUUGUUUUAGAUUGUUGGGGUGAUGAGAGGAAUGACUUGUUGACUGGCCUCUUACAGUACUUUCUUGAGUUUGAUAAUUUGCUUUGAUUCUCAUGGGAUGUAACAGGGGUCUUGAAUGACUGAAAAACUAUGGAGGGGGGGCAGUGUGAUGGGGUAAAUGUUUUAAUAUAUAAUGAUGUUAGAGCAACCUGACAAAACGCCUUGGGGUAAGCCUUAUGUGGAGUAGCAUUACAUUUUGUGUGUAGCAACAUAAUUAGUCACUUCAUAACAUGGUGGA